CUCGCUUUUGAGAAACAGCACUUCCGGGUUGUGACACUCGGUGAAGCUCGGCUGACAGCGGCCGUUGUCCGGCACCAGAGAGCGUCGAGGGUUGCAGUCAUGUCGGCAGCCGCUGCGGGGACCAGCAAGGCAGCCCACGGCGAUGUGGCCCCGAAGAAGAGGAGGGGACCCGGGGCCCUGGCCUACCUGGUCAUCUACAACGUUGUUAUGACCGCCGGGUGGCUGGUGAUCGCCGUGGGUCUGGUCAGAGCGUACCUGGCCAGAGGAAGCUACCACGGCCUCUACUACUCCAUAGAGAAGCCUCUGAAGUUCUUCCAGACCGGAGCCAUGCUGGAGAUACUGCACUGUGCCGUAGGGAUCGUACCAUCCUCUGUGGUCCUGACCGGAUUCCAGGUCAUGUCCCGGGUCUUCCUCACCUGGGCCGUCACACACAGCGUCAGGGAGGUGCAGAGCGAGGACAGCGUGCUGCUGUUCGUCACAGCCUGGACUGUCACGGAGAUCAUCCGCUACUCGUUCUACACCUUCAGCCUCCUCAACCACCUGCCGUUCCUCAUCAAAUGGGCAAGGUACACCUUCUUCUUCGUGCUGUAUCCCAUGGGAGUGACGGGCGAGCUGCUGACCAUCUACGCCGCUCUGCCGUACGUGCAGAAGACGGGCCUGUACUCGGUCACCCUCCCCAACAAGUACAACUUCUCCUUCGACUACCACUCCUUCCUCAUCCUCGUCAUGAUCUCCUACAUUCCCCUCUUCCCCCAGCUCUACUUCCACAUGAUACGACAGAGGAAGAAGGUGCUGGGCCACAUAGAGGACUACAGCAAAGUGGAGUGAGCUGAACAGGCGUCCGCGGAGCUCAGACCAACGCCAACAGGAACAAAAUCUUGUCCCAUUUAUUGAAACACCAAAACCCGACCAGUUUUCCAAACUGCCAGAACUUGACCUGGCAGACGAUCCAAAUAUCAACCGUACGUUUUUUGUUUUGUUGUUGUUUUUCUUCUCCAGCUCUUGUCUGGGUUGUAAACAUGAAUGAACUGCUGGGUUGUUGUUGUCAUUUUAAUUUAUGAACAAACUGCAGUUACCCUUGUGUAGCAAGCGAACUCACAGCUUCAAUGGUACUGUGUUUUGACGUGAGCUGCCGCCCGCGCCGCAUCAGAUUUUAGCCACAGCAACGUAUCGAACUAAAUCAUCCACCGGUAGAAUCAAUAACCUCCCCGUUGCUCGUCUUAUUUUUUAAGAAGCAGUUUUCCUUUAAUGUAGAAAGAAUAAUGUGAAGACUAGUCCUGCAACUGUAGUCCAGACUUGUCUGGGUUUGUUUCUUUUCUCUCUCUCAUUCAUUUCAGACGGUAGUUUGAUAACAUUCCUAAAUUAGUCCCAAUAAACCUUUUUGUUUUUCA